CGUCCAUACUUCAAUCAAGUCAAGUUUCGUUAUUUUGCGCGAUAAUAUUUUACCAGUGACAAUGAACGUUUAAAUUAAAAAUCGUAUCCACUUUCUCUCAUUAAUUAGUAAGUGUUGCAAAGAGUCUUUUGGCUUCCUUGCAAGGUGGAAAAGCCUUGACGUUCGAACACAUCAACAGAUUACAAGAUGUCGCAAUGGGGCAGCUUGCCGCUUCUUCCUCUGAGAUGCAUACUAGACCACCUCAGUUUGGAGGAUGCCCUCGCGGCCAUGUCUACAUGCCACCAUUGGCGCGCAGCUGUUUUAUUAUAUGAGGGACACAAAGAGACAUUGAAGCUAAGAGCGAAACAACUAGACAAGAAUGUGUUCCUGACCCGUAUGUUCAGAAAAUACGUAAAGAGGUUGCACAUCUAUAUAGACUGCAAUGAGGGGCAGCUAAACAAAUUCAUCACGUUCAUAUUGCCACAAUUCUUUGACGCUGUGAAACUACAAGAGAUAAUAUUCAUAGGCCCAAGUUAUAUACAACAAAAUCACAGAAUUUCCCUCGUUAAGUUAAAACGGAUAAUAACAGAGAGCCUGAUCUUCAAGCACCUUCAGACGAUACAGAGGUUGGGAUUCAUGGGCUGUGGCAUGGGUGCAGUCAAAAAUGACGAUGAAAGAUACACGCAUAGACUCGUGGAAUACUAUUCUAGGCCGUUACUAUCCAACAAUGAGUCAUCUUCCGCCGACGCUAUCUUCUCUAGCUGCAACGCCAAUAUUAUGGCAUUUUCUACAUUAAAACACAUUAUAGUGGAUUGCGAGGAGCUGGGCGAUUCGCUGCAGUGGGUGGCGGCGUUGCCGGCGCUGGCGCACCUCACGCUCAACGUCACGGGCCGCCGCCCGUUGCGCCCUCUGUGCCCGCCGCCGCAGACUCACCGCCAUCUAUCUAUCGGCGUCAACAUUAUCGCCCUGCCAUAUAAAAGGUUUGAAGAAGUGAUAGAGAAUGUUCUAGUCGAUGGAAUAGAGUUAACGUCGUUGAAAGUUAUGUUUUGCAAAACUGUGUACGCGCCGCUGCUGGAGCACGUGGUGCGGCUGUACAAGGAGUCGGUGCGCGAGGUGGUGUGGGCCGACUGCCCCUCGCACUGCGCCGACCUCGCGCGCCGCCACGUCCGCACGCCGCGCAACUAUGAUAUGUGUAAUGUGAAUCCAUUUAUAUUGCUGUGUUGGCAAUGUGUGCAGCUACAAAGACUAGUCAUACACGGGUACUGGGUGUGGCAGUACGACGUGAUCGGGUUCGCUCGGCUGCGGCGGUCGCUGCGCGCGCUGGAGGUGUCGUCGGUGUACGCGCGCGCCGCGCAGUUCGGGGCCGCCGCCGGCGCCGCGCUGCGCGUGCUCGCCGCCGACGCGCCCGCGCACCUCGCCGCCUCCUACGUGCAGAAAAUGAACGAGUACACACAAUUCGAGUGGCGCCCUUUUCCAUGGAGCGAGUUGCCGCGAGGACUUAAAGCACACGCCUCGCCUGCUGCCCGCGCCGCGCUCGUUAUAGCUGAGAUCACACGGCCUCAGUGCACGAUUGACACGUUGUAUAACCAAUGAUUGAGGAACGCAUAAAUCAAGACCUCGAAGACAACAGAUCAUCAUUUUUAAUGAUGUUGUAAAACAAAAAAAAUAACGUUAUCGAAUAUCGUUAUUACAUAAUACAUAAUAUCUGUAUUAAGAGUAAAAAUCACGGAGGAGUCGGAAUCGCGCAAGAAUCAGUAUCUUGUAAGAAUUGCGUAAUUUUAAUAAUUGAAUCUUUGUUUUUUUUUUUUUAAUUAUUUUUAUAUACGGUUUUACGUGUUACUAAAAUAUCUGUACCAUUAUAUAAAAUAAAAGGGUUAAAACAAAUUUAAUUAUAAUAUUACCCUCUUUAUUCAUGAAAAAAUUUGAGCAACUAAUAGACCUGUCUUAGCUAUGAAAGUGUUGUCUUUCUCUUUCGCACUUUGAAAGAAUGUGACGAAACAAAUGAUUCUUAUUCAAUCAUUUGUUUCUAAGAGGUUUUAUUUUUUAUGAAUAAGAGGUCAAUCAACAACAAUAUAUUAUAUAAAAUUUAUAUUUUCAUGAGUUAUCAAUAAGAAUUUUUUUUUACGCAACCAAUACAAACGAAAUGGUUGUUUGCGGUAUGUCUUAUGCGGAGAACUUAUUCCUUAAUAUUAGCUAAAUAAUUGAGUGUAUUUCUAAUUGUUGGGUAACAUCGAAUUUCUAAUGAUUUUGGACUGUCAUAAGAUAAGGUAGUGAAAUACAAAAUGUCAUAAAAUGUCUCUUUAUCGAAAAGGGCAAAAAAGAAAUAAAACUUUAUAUAAUGUCAUUGUUAUAAAUUUUAUUAAUAUGUUUAAUAAAAUAAAAAAUAAAAAAUUGUGCGUGUUUAUGUAGUUGGAUAUUUGAAAUUGGAAUUUGAUUAAGCAAUGACAUUAGGGUUGUGCCAUGAGAAUAAAGAUGUUUAAUGUGAAAGCAAAACUCGUAAAAUGUUUAAAAGGAAUUUUGAAGGAGAACUGUUAAAUUUGUGAAGCAGCACGUGCUGUCGUUUUAGAUAUAUCGAAUUUCGUAAACGCACAACAUCAAACAUGUAGGUUACUAUUGGGUAAAAUAUGUCGACUACUUAACGAGUAUAAAGUGGCACGUGCUAUAAAUAUAAUUAUAGUUAUCGAAUUUCGUGAUUUUAAAGUUCAAUAAACUUUCGCUUGUUAAACAUUUAAAGUGAUUUUAAAUAUUUUAUAAUUAAAUUAAACUAAAUAUCUUUUUCGUUGAAUUGUUAUGUUGAUCUGAACAUUCCGAUGUUUGUUAAUCAAAUGAUAGUCCAAUAACAAAGCAACCAUUGCUGUAUUUUUAAUAUUCGGCUUUAAAUUUUAACGACUAAGUUUUUAAAUUAAAUAACCAUGACAUUCUGUACAGUCAAUAAAAAAAAUUAAACAUUGACAACCCUAGCAUACGAAUUUACACUCUGGAAUUUGACAGAGCGACUUCUAUAAUAUAUUUGUUGGCUAUCUCUUAUCAUAUCUAUGUUCAAUACGUAGCAAAGUGCAUAUUUUGCAUAUAUUACAGAUAUGCUUCAAAAUUCUUAUUGGUAGCGAAAGAAAAUUAUCCAUUCUAUUUUGGUAUAGCGAUUUUAGUAACUAAAUUGUAACUGAGUAUAUAUUAUUUGAAACAAUUCACACAAAUAUAUGUAUAACAAAUAAUUUAAAGUUGUUAAUCUAGAAUCAAUAUUUCUCUUUAGUUUCAAUUGAUAAAUCUAAGCUAAUCCAAUGAUAAUUAAUUAAUGUAGUAAAUAAUUAUAUUUAUAUAUGUCAUUCCAUAAUUCGGUAUCAAAAUAUUACAAAUAUAAUUAUUAGAUCAUAAUUCAAAUAUAUUAAAUGUUUCCGUGUGUUUGUGUUGUAGGUGUGUGUUAGCCGGAAUGAUCGAUAAAUACAUAUUUCUUCAAGAAUCGAUUCAUUUAUUGGCUUUACAUGAGAACUCUUUUAGUGAUAGAAUCGAAAGAUUCGUGGCUUGCAGCUAUUGAACAAACUUUGGUACUUAAUGGCCUAAAACAUAGUCUUCAUUUCGAAUAUAGAACAAUUAUGAUAAUAAAAAAAAAUAUAUAUAUUUUUUAAUAUACGUACGAAAUAUAUUCAGUCAGCACGUUUAAUUCUAAACAACAAAGUUUUCUCCAUUAAUGUUGUUUUGAAAUUAAAUAGUCUUUUUUAUAUAGUAUAAUAUAAAAACCAUUAUGUACAUAAUCAAAUUCUUUACGUGCACUGAAAUUAUUAAAAAAAAAUGUAUAACAAUGUGUAACAUUGCUUGUAAAUAUUUAACGAAACAUUGGUAAUUUCUUUUAAAAAGCAUAGAUUUGUUGUAUGCCUAUAAGUGAUAAUAAAAUGAAGUAAUAUUGGUACAGAUUGUUCGAAAACUAAACAUCAAGGUAGUACUUAUAAAAAGGUUUCUACAAGAAAAAAAAAAUCAACUAUCUAUUGGCCAGUUUUUUUUUUGUAUUUUCGGAAUAUCCUCUCACUGGAGAAAAAAAUUGUCACAAAUGAUAACGAAAAUCAUUGCCAGUAUCUAUAAUUCAGAAACUACUGCAAUUUUGAUAACAUACGUGUUACAGAUAAAAAUAAUAAUAAAAACCUUUUUAAAAAGUAUUCCAUUAACUACUUAUUACCGGUACCUGAUUUUAUAUGAAAUUACUACUUACCAUUACCAAUUUUUUUUUUAAUUAAACAAAGGAUUUUUCUGCUAAAGCUAGAUUAUUGCCGAGCUUUCGAACAAUCUGUAUUGUUCAAAUAAAGUUUGCACCAAAACCUGUAAUAAAAUUUGUAUUAUAGCUAUUUAAUUAAAUGAAAAAUAUAAUUCUUGUCCCCACCUUAAAAUCAUUCUGAAAACGAGUAAAGCAGGUGGAAAUAACUUAGUCAUAGUGCGGUAAUGUAUAGAAAACAUUGAGAAAAGCCGAAUGAUAUGUUUACUGGCAACAUCUCUCAAAAUCGCGAAUUUAUUGUGUAGUUGUAAUAAUUGCAAUGUAUAAAACUUUUUAAAUGAUCAAAAAAUAUAUCUAACCAACAUCGCACACCAAUCGCCAUGACUGAUGACUACACUUAUGACUGAUUCAAUCUUGGUAUAAUUUUAGUGUUGCCAUCUCUAAAAAUGCAUAUAUACCUAAACAAUUUUUAUAAAGCAAGACUUAUUUAUAACUCUAUAUAAUUGUGUGUAAAGUUAGUGCUUUACAAGCAAUACUUGACAAUAGUGUUGCGACUUACUAUAUCUACUUAGUUAAUAUUUAAUAAACUAUUAAUCUAGUGAGUUACUGAAGUAAUUAGUGUUGAUCACGUUACCUGUGCUCUUUUGAACAAUCUUAUUUAUUCCCCAGUUUUAUAUUCAAAUUCUUAUAAUUAUCUUGCAUUAAAAAUUAUAUUUUAAACGAAAAUUUAAUGCAUGAUCUGUUUUCUAUCAUAUAUUUGUGUUUAGUAGGACACUGUGAAGACACUAUUUUUUUUUCUAUUUGUUUCCUUCCAUUUUAUUGAUAUAUGGUAAAACUUUUACAUAAGAAUUAUCAAUGAUAAAUUUUAUAAUUAAAUUUAUUCUAUAUUAUGUAUUCAUGUAUAUUAGUAAUUUCUCUAAAUGACAAUUUUUUUUACGUUUUCGUUUUGUGUACUAGUUUUUUUUUUAUUCUAUGAAAUAAGUGAAUAUUCUCCCGUUGUUAUCAACGUGAGAGUUUCAAAGAGCUUCACUAAAGUUCUUUAUUCAAAUAACGUAUUUUUAUGAUGUUACUGCCCAAUUCAAAAAGUAGUUUUAACCAAGAAGAAUGGACAGAAAUAUUGUUUGUUACUCUCUUAUACGAAGGUACAAUUAUAUAACAUUUCGCCUGAAUAGAAACUACCAAACGUCAUACGUCAUAAAUUUUUUAAUAUUAAACAUUCAAUUAGAGCUCAGUAACAAAAUUAAAAAGGUAUAGUGUAAAGUAGACCCAGUACAAUUAGUAAAAAUAUAAUAUUAAAACAAAUAAACAUCAAAUAGUCAUAAGCAAUAGUGACAGACAAACUACUACGAAAAUAAUAAAUGUCUACCAAACACAAAGCUUUAAAACGAUUCCAUAGGUAUCAUUAAAGACUUAAAGAAUUUCAAAUGUUCAUUUUAAUUGGUGUGCGAUGGUCAAUUUAUAUAUAAAAAAAAAAAAAAAACUAAACAUCUAGUCAAGGAGCCUGUAGGAAUAUGUAAAUAUUUUAACAAGAAGCGGUAGGCAUCCACUGGCUCUCAAAGCGAACAUUGCACAAAAGGAAGUAUUACACAUACAACAUUUAUAUCAACUGUAGCUUUAAGGGAACUAUCUCGCGAUACUGUAUCAAAUACAGUUUAUAUUAUAUAAAGUGCCACACCGGUAGCGGAUAGUGUAAACAUGUGACGUACCAACGAGGGAAGGUAAAAUAUUUGAGACGACGCAAUAAGCGGUCCGAUAGAACGAUACGAUUAAAUCGGCCGCGUCCGCUGUACCUUACGAUCGCUUUACUUGUAAAUAACAUAUAGCUACGAAUCGAUUAUUUUUAUAUUUUCAACCGUCGAUCGGUUUCUGACAUUAUUAAAUCGAGAAAAUCGAAGUUUGAAAUUCGAAUUGAAUAUUACAAACGAAUGUGUAUUUUUUAAUGGUUGCGACACAGACGUUGCAUGUAAAGAGUUGCGUGACGCGACACUGUUGUAUUAUAUAUACGAAGAUGUAUAAAAUAACGAACGAACAUUAUCGUGAUGUGCGAACAAUAUUUAUUAGUUUCAACAUAUUGUAAUUGUUUUAUUUAAAACAUGACAAAAGUCCGUCCCCAUCGUACUCAAUUGCAUUUCACACACAGAGACUGAAAACAAUGUUACAUGUUGAAUGAGCUAUAAUGAUAGUCGUCGAUCCUGUGGCACCCUCAAUUUUAUAUGAAUUUGACAUUGGACAAUAGACAAAAUAACAUUUUACAUGCUGGUAACAAUAUAUUUUUAAAAUGAUAAUCACUUAUUUAGAAUGACAACUUUCGCAACACUAUUGCAUUAAAGUUUCCUUCUAUUGUUCUAGUCCUGUUAAUAAUAAAAUAAUGCAAUUAUUUGUGCCAAAUUAAAGAAGAUUUAAAAAAAAAAAAAACUUAAAUCUUCCAUCUCUAAUGUAAAUAUUUAAAAUAUUCAUAAGGAAUGCGAUCCAUACUUGCAAUAGGGCCAUUUCUAUUCUAAAUUUAUUUCUUAAUUUAAUAUUUUGAUUUGAUAAUUUUGUGAAAUUAUUCCUUUAUGGACCAUCAUGAACUAAAAUUAUAAUAAUUUCUACUUAAAUCUAAUAAAAAAAUAGUUUAUAUCGGCCCUUCAAAUAAAGACUUCGCUGUUAUAUAAGUUUGAAAUUUUAAUUUCGAAGAUACGUUUAAAGAAAUGGCUCUUCAGAACCGACAUCGAUAUAUCUAAAAAGAAUGUUCAAUUGAUAUUAUAUAAUCUAAGAAACUUAUAUCAAUCAUGUAUCAAUCCUAUAAAAUUUUGACAGAUCUAGUAGCGACAUCUGUAGUAAUCAUUUAAUUUGUAUUUGCCUGGAGUCAGGUUUGAUCUGUCAGUAAACUGUUACUUGAACAAUAAUUGGUUAAAAUAUGCAUCAUAAACCUAUUUAGUAUAUGUUUAUAUUUUAAUUGACAAUAAUUUAAAGUAUUAUACUUAAAAUUCGUGCCGACUAUAACAAGAUAUACUGUUACUUUUCAUAUAAAACUUAGUUUCGUGUAAAUGCAAAUAUGUAUACUAGAAGAUUGUGAUCCAAUUCUUUUUUGCUCUUGUUUAGAGAUAGUUUAAAUUCUGUAAUUAGCCAAUAUAUUAUAUAUAUUAGCUAAUUAGCUAAUAUUAGCUAAUAAUAUAUAUAUAUAUAUAUAUAUAUAUAUAUAUAUAUAUAUAUAUAUAUAUAUAUAUAUAUAUAUAUAAGCUAAUUAGCAAAUAUAUAAUAUAGUUAAUAUAUCUGCCAAGAUUCAGCGUUACUCAAAUACAUGAAAGUGCUAAAUGAAAAUUACAUACAUGAACCAAAUGUGAUUUUGUCUUUGUUGAACUAUAUUGACCAAAGUAAUAAAUACUCUUUAUUUGUCGUUUAAUCGAGGCUUCGAUACAAAAUAAAGUGCGGGUGCCACUGUAUCGAGAACUACUGUACAAUAUUCGCAAAGUGACUGACAUCAUUGUUUUUUUCAAUUAAUACAAUCUAAUUUCUCGAAUUUGGAAAUAGAACAAUUUUAAGAUGGAAUUACAAAUGUAUUUUUAUAAAUUGUUGACAGACAUGAGUAUAUAUACAAUUAGUUCAUUAUAUAUCAUUUACUUACAACGUCGAUUAUAAAAAAAGCACAAAUUAGCAGUCGGUCAACUGUUGACGUGUUUUUUUUUUUAUUACAUAACCAAACAUCGUUUUUCAGUAUUGCAAUUGAUAUCAAUAAUUUCUGUUAUUCUGUAAGUUUGUGCCCGAUUUAUGUUAAAAAUUAAUUCACAUAAAAAUAAAAGAAAGAUUCCCCUUUUUUCGUAAAUUUUCAGUAACACUAUAUAGGUAUUAUUAAACAUUGUGUUCAUAAUAUCUUUUAAUAAAUUAUAAAAUUUCGUUAAUGAAAGUAAAACGUGAUGUCAGUAUAUGUUGUAUGUCAUGAAAUAAAUCAAAAUAAAAGAUUAAAAUUCUCUAUAAAAUGUGAUCUUUAAAUUUAUUUACUGCUGAAAGCAAUCGGCUUUAGUUAAUCGUUAGUAUUUAUUCAUAGUAUUCACAACAUAUCAUAAGGACUCGUGAUUGGCUUUAACGUUUCGGAAGCAAUGCCUAAUGUUACCAUGUAUACAAGAAAUGUUUAAUGAUGUUGCGUUCCAUAAGAUUGUCAAUUGGCCGAUCUCCAAUAAGAGUGUUAUGAAUUACAUUAUUAACAAUUUAUUUAUUUUAAAUAUUUACCACGGAAAUUUAAUAACACAUUUAUUUUCGUGAAAAUAAAUAGCGUAAGUGUCAACAUACUAAAAUAUUAAUGGAAUAACUUUGAAAAUCUCAAAAUGACAUAGUCACGCACAAAAAAUGUGAUCUAAAUGUAGGCGGUGCAUACAUAAAACAUGCCUUUGAAGCAACGUACACGUGAAAUUGAUCUUAAUAUCUAUUUCAAUGUAGACCCAAAGUAUUUUCAACUUAGACGUAUAUAAAUUUUCUAUUAUAUUAAUUAGUGAUAAAGUUAGUGAAGGCCAAACGUGCAUAUGGCAACACAAAAUGUUAUUAUGCUUAAAGAAAUAGUACUAAGUACUACAUAGAUUAUAGGACGUUCACAAUAAAUAUAUAUAUAUAUAUUGAAAAAUAAUCCUUGAAUGAUUUCCUUAAAUAUUUUUUAUGACAUUUAUAAAAGUUCGAUGUGAAAGAACUAUAUUUUGUAAGGCAACGAAGAGACUUACCAACAUACAUUCCCUGAGACUGAAAAUGAAUAGAAGAGGCUAAGAUCAAUAACAACUACUACAUAUAUUACAAUAUAAACAUAAGAACUAAAACUAUAUAACAACAAAAAUAUAUGAAAACGUUUUAUUUUUAACCAAGCUUGUAAAACGGCGCGUAGUUAAUAGUUACUGAACAUCAUUCCCGCCUCUUAUUUUGUUUGUCAUUAUUUUUAUACUCUGUCCUAAACAAACGUUACGUUGUAAAGUGCACACGCUGAAGAUAUGUACUAUAAUAUAUUGUCUUAUGAAUAUAUUUAAUAUUUUAAUAAAUCUUAAGGCUUAUAUAUGCGUUUAUAAUUGUUUUAUUCACUCUUAAUCAAAUGUUACAUUUUCAUACAUAUUUUUAUCUGAAUAUUAUGAAUAUAAAACUUCCGAUCUUGGGAUAUUUUUCCAUUGCUCAGUAUCUUGGCAUAUUGUAAUUUAUAAUAUUAUCUUCAGUGUGUGUACCAGUCUAUAAGAUUGUAUGGCAAGCGAUAUUUUAUAUUGUCAUAAAAUACUAUCGUAUCUUCGCCAUACUUGAAUACGAUUAGUUUAUUUUUUAUUAUUACUUUAAUAUCUAUUAAGUAAAUAAAAUUUUUAUUAUACUGUUUGAUAACUUUUAUAUCAGGGUUUAUUGAAUUAUUUACCAAAUAAUGAAAUUGGACAGAGUUGUAAGAUCAAUUUUUACCACCUAAGACUUUAAUAAGGCUGUGAACCAACUCGAUUUCGGUUCGGCGAAUAUUUAUCAACAAUGUACCUAUCAUUUAAUAUAAAUAAUUAUAUAUCGAAUUAAAAUCAUAAAAGGAAUGGUACAUUCUCUACCUCUCUGGAUUUUUUUUUUUGAUAAAAUUUAUACAUAGACAAUAUUUUUGUUACAAAUUUAGUUUUUUAUUUUACUUUUACACAGUACCAUUCCUUUGUCUAUGAUCAAACUAAGAGUUCUUUAUACGCGUGUUGUUUUCGAAAAUUUAAUAUUAUCUCGAAUAAUAAUAUGAAAUUUCUAUCGAGUUUGUAACAAAAAACUACACACGUAUAUAUGGAACGAACGAGCGUCGCCGAACCGAAUUGCCUAGAAUUAGACCAAAAUCGUUGUACUUAUCCAUCUAAUAGUGAUUAAAAGAAGGGAAUGUGGAAGGAGUGAUAGGAAACAGGAGUGAUUAAAUAAAACAACUGUUGUGCGAGUAGAUAAGGUCCUCCUUAAGAAGCAGUAUGCUAAGCUGUGUGCUGCUAUUUUCGUUUUUAGAAAAAAAAAUCUUAUUCUAGUUAUUUUACCAUUAUUUCGUUAUAAAUAUCAUGUACAGACAUAAUAGCAUACUGUUUCUUAAUUUUUUUUUUGUUUCUCAUUAAAACCUCUAUGAAAAAAAGGUUAGUGUAAAUGGACCUUGAUUUUAUGAAAUUUUUUAAAGAGUUUAUUUGUGUUUUAAGAUCUGAAAUUGUCUAAGUACAUUGUUUUCAAAUGUUUUUUAUUAUGAUAUUAAUUAAUUCGUACCUCUUUGUUGUUAGACGAAUUUUACUUAAUUGCCGUAUACAAUAUAUAGAAAGUAUAUAACUUAAAAUAAUGUUAUCAAUCAUUCGAUUCGAUUUUAUAAAAAUGUAAUUGCAUUGUAGCUUUUGCAUGAAUUAUAUGAAUGUGGCGUUGUUUGACAAAAUAUUUUCAUUAACGUACAAUAUCCUUGCCUUGAAGUGCUUUUACGAGAUAUAGUCUAUAAUAGUAACCAACAAAAAUGUAUUUUGUUUAAUCUUUAAAUAAAUGUACGGAAUCCAUUGAUGUGGGAUUGGCUUCUUAGGUAGUUUAGUAGAUAUAACUUGACAUGUAUCUUAUAUAGAUUUUUUCUCAUAUCUUAGUAUUAAUUUCCUUUUUAAAUAUAUACCUACUUAUAUAUUGAACGUUACUAGUAGUUAAUAAUAUAUGAAUAGAAAUUUAUUGUUUGAGUUCAUAUUUAAAAAAAUAAAAUAUUGUACUUAUGGUUUUUGUUUUCGAUAAAUUGCAUCCGAUUUAAUAAUUUAAUAUUGAAAUAUAUCAUUAUUAUAUAUACCUAUGUCUCUAUUAAAUAUAUUCAUAUGUGUAGUGGUCA